AUGACAGCUACUGGUACGGAAGAUAAAGGAUGGAGUAUCAGUGAAAGCAAGAAAAUGGAAGGAGAUGAUAGUUUGAGGACUCUAGAAUGCCUGAGAGGAAGAUUGCUUGCGGAGAGACAAGCUUCAAAGAUUGCUAAAGAGGAGGCAGAGCUUAUGGAAAAUAAGUUAAUAGAGCUUGAGAACAAACUCAGAGAAGAGACCCAAUUGAGGAAAAAAAUGGAAAAGAAGCAUAAAAUCUUGAUGAAGAAGCUUCAGUCUUUGAAAAUUUCACCUACAUUAGAGGGAUCAGAGCAGUCAAGUUCAUCUGACAAUAGUGGAUUUUCUAGCACAUCAUCCACUAGUAAUUCAAGCCACAAAGACCCUGAAGAAUCUGAAUCCAAGCCCCAAAGCAUAAUCCCAGAAGUCUCACAUGAUAUGAAAGACAAUGGCUCAGAAACAACUGCAUCCAAUCAAAAUACUUGUACUGUUUUCGAUUCCACUGAAGAGAGUGCAGGCACUCAAGAUAUUCAAGAUUCAAAUUCUGACCAUAACAUCGAAGACUGUUCUUCAGAUAAACCUAGCCAUGAAUCCAAGGCAUGUUCCCAGGAUUCAAAGGCUGAUGACCAAAGUUCUUCGAGCAUUAAAGCUUCAAAGGUGGAGAUGGAGACAAAUGCUGGAAAUGAGAGUGGUAAUGAGGAUUAUGUGGAUAAUCCAUUGGCAUUAGUCCCAUUGAGCUUGCCAGCAUCUACCAAGAAAAGUGAGCUGAAGAUAGUUAACAGAAGUGUUAUUGAAGUUCUUGAUGCUUUAAGGCAUGCCAGGGAGCAGAUACAAAGCUCAAUGGAGAGCAGACACAUGAUUAGAGUUGGCCCAACGCGUGUUAAAUACAAAUGA